GCGGCGGCGGCGGCGCUCCACUUCCGGGGCGGGGCGGGCGGGCGGGGCGGCGCGCUGUCUCCCGGCCUGUCUGGAGCCCGGCGGCGGCAGUGGCGGCAGCGGCGGCAGCGCGGCGCAGGCACCGGCCCGGGAGCAGCACCAUGAGCGGAUCACAGAACAAUGACUUGAAAAGACAGUUUCUGCUGGAGCGACUCCUGGAUGCAGUGAAACAGUGCCAGAUCCGCUUUGGAGGGAGAAAGGAGAUCGCCUCGGAUUCCGACAGCAGGGUGACCUGUCUGUGCGCCCAGUUUGAGGCCGUCCUGCAGCAUGGCCUGAAGAGGAGCCGGGGAUUGGCGCUCACGGCGGCCGCAAUCAAACAGGCAGCAGGCUUCGCCAGCAAAACAGAAACAGAGCCCGUGUUCUGGUUCUACGUGAAGGAGGUCCUCAGCAAGCACGAGCUGCCACGCUUCUACUCCCUGCGCCACAUCGCCUCAGACGUGGGCCGCGGCCGGGCCUGGCUCCGCUGUGCCCUCAAUGAACACUCCCUAGAGCGGUACCUGCACAUGCUCCUGGCCGACCGCAGCAGGCUCAGCACUUUUUAUGAAGACUGGUCUUUUGUGAUGGAUGAAGAAAGAUCUAGCAUGCUUCCCACCAUGGCAGCUGGUCUGAACUCUAUCCUCUUCGCAAUUAACAUCGACAACAAGGACUUAAAUGGGCAGAGUAAGUUUGCUCCUACUGUCUCAGACCUCUUGAAGGAGUCCACGCAGAACGUGACCUCCUUGCUGAAGGAAUCCACGCAAGGAGUGAGCAGCCUUUUCAGGGAGAUCACAGCGUCCUCUGCUGUCUCCAUCCUUAUCAAACCUGAGCAGGACACGGAGCCCCUGCCCGUCGUGUCCAAGCACGUCACCACCGAUGCCAAAUGUAAAAAGGAGCGGAAGAAGAAGAAAAAGGUGACCAACAUCAUCUCGUUUGACGAUGACGAAGAGGAGAACUCUGGCGAUGUUUUUAAGAAGAUACCCGGGGCCGGGGAGAGUUCAGAGGAGAACUCCGACCGCUCCUCGGUCAACAUCUUGUCGGCCUUUGAAAGCCCCUUCGGGCCAAAUUCCAACGGAAGUCAGAGCAGCAACUCAUGGAAAAUUGAUUCUCUGUCUUUGAACGGGGAGUUUGGGUACCAGAAGCUCGACGUGAAAAGCAUCGAUGACGAGGAUGUGGAUAACAACGAGGAUGAUGUGUACGGAGGGAGCAUGUCCGGAAGGAAGUGCCUGGGACACUCGGGGUCGCCUGAGAAGCCGCUGGAUGCGAACGCCCGCCUCGCCCAGAUGCACAGCUGGGCCCCGCUGCAGGUGCUCCAAGGUGACGCCGAUGUCCUCUUUCCGGUCAGCGGAGUGGGCUCGUAUGGCCCUGCAGAUGCCCCCCUUGGGAGCCUGGAGAACGGGACCGGACCAGAAGACCAUGUUCUCCCGGAGCCUGGGUCCCGGUACAGUGUGGAAGCCAGUCCUCCUGGCCAGGGAGGCCCUCUCAGCAGCCUGCUACCUUCCUCCUCGGUGCCAGAGUCGAUGACAAUUAACGAGCUGCGCCAAGCCAUCGUGGCCAUGAUGACCCGGAAAGACGAGCUGGAGGAAGAGAACAGGUCUUUGCGGAACCUGCUCGACGGUGAGAUGGAGCAUUCCGCUGCACUCCGGCAGGAGGUUGACGCGUUGAAAAAGAAGGUGGCUGAGCAGGAAGAGCGGCACGUCACGAAGGUCCAGGCGCUGGCAAGAGAAAACGAGGUGCUCAAAGUCCAACUGAAGAAAUAUGUAGGAGCUGUCCAGAUGCUGAAAAGAGAAGGUCAAACAGCUGAAGCUGUCCCAAACCUUUGGAACGUUGAUGGAGAAGUUGCAGUCACUGAGCAGAAGCCGGGAGAAGUCGCCGAGGAGCUGGCGAGCUCCUACGAGAGAAAGCUCAUCGAGGUGGCGGAGAUGCACGGCGAGCUGAUUGAGUUCAACGAGCGCCUGCACAGGGCCCUGGUGGCCAAGGAAGCCCUCGUGUCCCAGAUGAGGCAGGAGCUCAUCGACCUGCGUGGGCCGGUGCCCGGAGAUUUGAGCCAAACAUCCGAAGACCAGAGUUUGUCGGAUUUUGAAAUAUCAAACCGGGCACUGAUCAACGUCUGGAUCCCAUCAGUGUUUCUGCGGGGCAAAGCGGCGAAUGCCUUCCACGUGUAUCAGGUCUACAUCCGGAUAAAAGACGAUGAGUGGAACGUGUAUCGGCGGUACACAGAGUUCAGGGGUUUGCACCACAAGUUACAGAACAAGUACCCUCAAGUGAGGGGCUACAGUUUCCCACCCAAGAAGGCCAUUGGAAACAAGGAUGCCAAGUUUGUGGAGGAGCGGAGGAAGCAGCUGCAAAACUACCUGCGCAGCGUCAUGAAUAAGGUCAUCCAGGUGGCCCCCGAGUUUGCCGCCAGCCCCAAGAAGGAGACCCUGGUGCAGCUGAUGCCCUUCUUUGUCGACAUUACUCCUCCCGGAGAACCACUGACCAAGAACAGCCGACCCAAAGCGGCUUCCCGCUUCCCCAAGCUGUCCCGAGGUCACCCCAGAGAGACACGCAACGUGGAGCCCCAGAGCGGCGACCUCUGACCUCAGCAGCAUCCCAGACUCGGGCCCUAUGUGCCGCGCCAGCUGCCUCUCCCCAGCAGCUCUGCGUCCGGCCUGGCCGCAGCGGCUGGUCCCUUACUCCCUGGAGUGACAGCCAUGUCCACCCGGUGACCCCCCAGGGAGCUCACCCUCCCCACCGGCUCCAGGACCCUAAUUAAACUGCUCAGUCUCAGAGGGCAAGGAGGCUCCUCGCUGGACGGCCACACACACAUUGUCCCAGGGCCGGCGCGGGGCUGCGGGAGGGUGGGCGCCAGGUCGAGCUCGCAGCCCGUUGGGUGACGUGCACAACUCUGAGAUUCCGUUGGGUCAGAAACCUUGUCUUGACUCUUUCCCACGUGGGAAUUAGAAGGACUGUUAUUACCCUUUUUCCUUUAAUGUCACUGCCUGCUGUAACCUUUGGACACGUGGGGUGCAGAGCGGGAGGUCUUCCCCCUUCCCCUUUCGCUCUCCAUCAGUGGUCAUCAGACAACCUGCUGUGGCCCCCGUGGCCAGCAGUGGCCGACGCGGGCUCCUUGUGAAGGAGCCUUUAGCGAUGCUGAACUGGGGUGCUUGCAGCACUUUCCCUGCCUUCCUGGGUUGGCUUCUGGACGUACCGGCCCACUUACGAAACCUGAGGCCGCCCCGGGCCCACGCGCACCUCCGUGGGCUUGGUGGCACCUCCACCAUCUGGGCCAGCCCUCGGCAGCAACCCAGGGACCCUAGGCUGGCCAGAAUCCAGGGCCUUGACCUCACUAGCCAAGAGGCCUCGAGGUCAUGAGAGACAUUCCAUUCUGCGAACCAUUGUGGAAGAGGCUGUGGCCCCGGGGCCUUGCACACCUAGCACCUGGGCCCUGUGGUGCUCAGUGUGGCUCCCUGCGAACUUGGACCGUGUCCACUCUGAACAGAUCAUGGUCCUUCCCUAAAGACAUGCUCGUGCUGGACUCUCUACCCCCCACGUGCUCUUGGUGCCCCCAGCCCGGAUUCUUUGAUUCCCCCAUCUCAGAGUAGGCCCCAUGGUCUGGGGCGGAGUGGGGAAGGGGCUGAAAAGAAGCAGCUCUGCCCGGCUCACGCUCCACUGCUCCCACAUCAGAUCACCUGAGAACCAGAGCCCUUUCACAGUGUCAACGCCCAGAAUCACACAACUGUCAUGCUCAGCUGGUGCGUAUAGUCACGCGGAGCUUGCGCCUUCGGGGGGAAAUGCUGACAUACUAGAUCAGAUGUGAGACGGAGCAGGAGGAAGAUGGGGCUUGAGGUGUUUGUGAAAAAUGGCCAGUGGAAGGCUGACGACGUCCGCCUCCUGGGGCUGCUUGAGUCAGCCUGAGACUUGGCAAGCCACCCGGUAAGCAUCGAGCCUUUCCCCGGUGGAGGGGAACUCUGGAAGGUCUUCGUGCAACCCCCUGCUCGCCAGAAGGAAGCGGAGACCGCGGACGCACAGCUCUGCAGGGCAGCCGAUGGGCCUGAACUGCUUGUGAGGGGACGUUCAGCCAGGUGAGCCAGGCCCCGGUCCAGAACGAACGCCCUGUUGACGGCGGUCGGAAGCCAGAGGGGCCCCACCGUCAGCUCCUGGGGGUUCAGAGGCCCUGAGACGCCAAGUCCCCGAAUGGCACCACGGGGUGUUGUUGGCCAGUGUGCCCACUGCACAUGCCUUGCUGUCAGCUCCAGCCCCUACGGUGCCAGGCGGCCCCCGUCGCUUGCUGUGCCAUCGGAGUCCUCGUGGACUGAAUCGGGGACCAUCUGAAAGCUCAAGCAGCCCCAGGCCUGCCUCCACCUAGGUCAGUGGGAGGCAGGUGUGUGGUGCUCACAGAGGGACGGUCCUGCACUGCCUGCCUGGGAGCAGAACCCACCCCUGCGCUGUCCCCUGUUUGCAUCAGAUACGGAGUGGAGCCCCCUGUGUCUGACCACCCCCCGCCCCGCACCCCACGCCGCCAUCCCCACCCACGGGCAAAGGGUUCGGAUCACCCAGCCUGGUGGGGACCUGACCUGAAACCAGUCUGCGUGUAAAUCUGACCUCACCUUCUCUGAAACCCCUCCCAGGAACAGGCUUUGACACUCUGUGCAGGGAUCCAAGUGCCCUGAACUGUACGGACAGAUGCCAGGCCUGGAUAAACACUUACACACUCUGCCUCUAUUUACAAAAAGAGAAUCCCUGUCUUUUAAAGCUUAACUCUUCAUGGAGCACGGGCCCUACACACAGACCACCGCCUCUGAUUUCGGUUCAGACACGCACGUGACACACGACAGCAGCUCCUCCGAGCCUUAACUCUGGAGUCACGGAGAAUGUUCGGCUGUGGUUCGGUCUAUCCAGCUGCUUAGGACCCCCUGCCCUACUGUCUGGUGAGGCGGGAUGGAUGGAGAAGCAGUGGAAUUCUGGUUCCUGGAGAAAGAACCAGAGACCCGGGUCCAGCCCGGUGCAGGCUGGGAUCGGACGCACAAGCCCCCCUCAGCCCCGUGCCCUGUCAGAAGGAAAGAACCAGAAAUCGUUCCUGUCUCCUGGAUCCAGUAAGAUCGUUUGGUGCCUCCAAAGGUGGCAUCCGAGGAAGGGGCGGCAGUGUUCCCCUGGGAGAGGACAUUCUGUCCCGUUACCUUUAGCACCAAUAACGAGGCACAUGCGAGGGCUUUCUGGGGACAGAGGGAUCACCUGACUGAGGUGUAAAGACGGAACCCAUCGUAUUAGGACACCGGGCACGAGAUGGGAACAGAGGGAGGGGUACGGGCCAUGGUCUGUGGACGGGGUGUGACUGCACAUGCCGGGCUCUGCUCCGUGGCUUGGCCCUGUGGAGUUCUCGGAGAACCACUCAGAGUUGGCACUGACCGGCAGGUGUGGCUUCUGCCUUUCAAAACAAGAGGCGGCCCAACCUGUCCACACCGCAGGCUGGAUACAGCAGCAGCGGCCCAUGCUGAGAGCCGACAGGCACGGCCGGCCUGGUAAUUGAUCCACUUUGCGGCCGAGAGUCAGGAGACAGGAACGAAGAGCCACCAGGCCAGUUGCUCAGAGAAUACCCUGACUGCCCAGCUCCCAGAACCCAAGUCACACUAAGUGUCCCCUUUUUCUCUCAGCUCCACAGGGGACAGUUUGCAAGCCUGAGGCCCAGGUCUCUAGGCCUUGAACCGCACCCCACCCCCACUCCACCCGCUCCCCUUCACAUGGGGCACCAGCCAGCCCCCCACACGGAGGCCAGGCCUUAUUCUCUGAGGUCCCAGCAGCCACCCUCCCCACCAGGCUCUUCCAGAAGCCUUUAUGCUUCAGCCUCUGGCCCCUCUGUACCAGGGGCAGAGCCCGUUCCCGUGAGGGGCUCCGCUCCCCCGGGAACAACUCGCCUUGCCGCGGUGUGGACCUGACGCAGAGAACAGGCUCCCUUUUCCAACCGGAGCCACCAGAGAAAGACACUGCGAGGGCCCCGCCUGCGCAGGAACAGCAGGCUGGCCCGGAAGUGUCCCCGAAGGGUCACACCUCAGGCUCCCUCUCAACCCCCCAGGCAGUAAUUGUCUUGAGCUUUCCUCAGCGUUUCACUGGGGCCUGCCACGCAUGGAGGACUCCAGAGGGGCUGCCCGCAGGCAGGCAUCUGCUCCUGAGCAAGGUCUCGCACGGCGAUCAUUCUUCCAAGUAUUUUGCAUUGUUUCAUUAAAGCGAACAUUAAAUAUUUGCUGUUCGGUUUGGCUUCCGUGCUAAUUUUGCACAAUUGUAGCACUGUAUAUUUUAUCUAACACUUCUGUGCCAGAAAGUUCAUUUCCAUGUUUCUGUAACACGUGGUCUUGAUUAGGUUUCUUAAAUACAACUUCAGCUACGGGCUCAGGAGGCAAGAGUGGGGGGAACACCGGUCCCCCCCCCCCCCAGCCCCUGCUCAGAGCAGACCAGCUACAGGCUCACCCUGCCGCUGCCCCGAUGCCCCCUGACCCAUUCCCCUCCGGGUUUCACCCCUUGCCGUCAGCCUUGAGCCAUUGCUGGGUACGGGCUGGAUUUUUGAUAGCUGGAAGUUAGGCCCAGGGGUCUUUACUUCUGUGUCUAAAUCCCAAUCCCCAUCCUGAAUCAGUUUCCUUAGCGGAAAAAAGAAAUCCGCUUUCUCUGCAAGACGGUUGAGCCUACAGCAUGGAUGAACACACCCACUGGUAGAACAGGCUGAACUAGUGUCCUGAGGCCCAGGGGGUCAGUUCUUGGGGGCACAUGAAUGCUUUAUCAUAACUGGAAAACCACUACCGACCUGUCCAGGUACCACCCUUCCCCUUGGAACCAGGGCCGGUCUGCUUCCCACCUCGAUGAAUUAAGUGGAGUGGCCACUCCUUCACCUUGAAGAUUCUUGAUCACCAUCAAGAGAGGCCAUGCAGGGGGGAGGCCCUUGCAAAAACUGGGACUGGGCCAUGGAAGGAUACAAAAUGGCAGAUUGCACAUUUGCACCCAGAGGGGCUGAAAUCAGCCUGGAGAGCAGGAGUUUCCAGGAGUGAGGGGAUGUGGACCUCCUGAGGAGCUUUUAUGAUCAAGGAUUCAUCCUAGGAAGGAUGGCUUUACUCCACAGCCUUAGUGGCACCAUCCCCGGUGUAGUCAUUUGGUACAACACUCUGAUUACCUUAGUAGACACGGAUGUCUCGGAGGAGGGAGAUCUCGGAAUGCAGGAGCCGUCACAUCCUGGGGGAAGGACCCCCAAUGUCUGGGUCCCCGUGAGCCCUCUGCAGGGGGGUAAAACGGCAAUGUAUCUAGAGCCUCAUGCACUGUCUGGACGUGAGUGGGGCUAGCAGGUCACAGGUUGGCUCUGAAAUGUGUAAUAGUAUGUUAACUACCCUCUUAUGUUAAAGUUUACACAAUAGAAUUUUUAAACAAAUGUGUUUAAUUUUCUAAAAUCUCUUAUAUUAAAGUUUUCUUUUGGAAUAAGUUGUGGUAAUUUUGUUACACUCUGGUUGAGACACACCUCUUUACAAUGACAAUAAAAAUGAUCACGUUUUAUAAAUUAGAUGGCCCACUUAC